UUACUCUAUCAACCCUAAUCCUAAUUGGCAAUAACGAAGGAGCUGUAGAAGAACCGUACUCCCAAUUCGCAAUCAUUGUUCGCAGCAAUUGGAAUCAACAAGCAUCAUUGCAGUCACUGCUUCUUCUACGCGGAAUCGUGUGGUUCUUCGCAUCCAUUUUCGUGCACAAUUCCCUGUUCCACGAACCUUCAUCUCCGUUUGCGCUGAAUCUCAAUGGGGAAAAAUGAGUUCCUCACACCUAAAGCAAUUGCCAACCGAAUCAAAGCAAAAGGACUGCAGAAGCUUCGGUGGUAUUGCCAGAUGUGCCAGAAGCAAUGCCGGGAUGAGAAUGGGUUUAAAUGCCACUGCAUGAGUGAAGGGCACCAACGUCAAAUGCAAAUUUUUGGACAAAACCCAUACCGGAUAGUUGAGGGCUAUUCUGAAGAGUUUGAGAGAGCUUUUCUUGAGCACAUGAAGCGCAGCCACCGAUUCAGCCGGGUGGCUGCCACUGUAGUUUAUAACGAGUACAUAAACGAUAGACACCACAUUCAUAUGAAUUCCACUCAGUGGGCUACGCUUACUGAAUUUGUUAAGUACUUGGGUCGUACUGGAAAGUGUAAGGUUGAAGAAACACCUAAAGGAUGGUUCAUUACAUACAUUGAUAGAGAUUCAGAAACCCUGUUUAAGGAGAGGAUGAAGAACAAGAGAAUCAAGGCUGACAUGGCAGAUGAAGAAAAACAAGAGAAGGAGAUCAGGAAACAGAUUGAAAAGGCUGAGCAAUUGAUGCAGCUACCUCCUUCUGAGUCUGAUCAGCCUUCACAGGUUGACUUUUCAAGAGAACUAAACAUGGAAAAUGGAGUUAAGGUAGGAUUUUCUCUUGGGUCAUCAGCUAGACCUGUGACCAAGGAAAAACGUGAGGAGGCAUCAAAGGUGAUGUUUGAUGAGAUUGAUGAAGGAAAAAAUGAGGAAAGGAAUCCUCGAAACAAUUUGAAGAGGAAAGAAAGUGGUGGCGGAAAAUCAAUUUUGGAUGAAAUGAUGAGGGAAGAAGAGAAGAAAAAGGAAAAAAUUAACAGGAAGGAUUAUUGGUUGCAUGAGGGAAUUGUUGUUAAAGUUAUGAGCAAAGCUUUGGCAGAGAAGGGGUAUUACAAGCAAAAGGGUGUCGUGCAGAAGGUGAUUGACAAGUAUGUUGGGGAAAUAGAAAUGCUUGAAAGCAAACAUGUGCUCAGAGUUGAUCAAGCAGAGCUUGAAACUGUGAUUCCACAAGUUGGGGGCCGUGUAAAAAUAGUCAAUGGGGCAUAUCGAGGAUCAAUGGCUAGGCUGUUAGGGGUGGAUACAGACCAUUUUUCUGCUAAGGUGCAGAUAGAGAAAGGUCCUUAUGAUGGUAGGAUUCUUAAAGCGAUGGAAUAUGAGGAUAUUUGUAGAGUAGCCCAGUGAGUUUGAUGAAAAUAAUAAAGCAGUCGUUCCGUCAAAUUAUUAAAAGAGACUUUUCAAU